AUGUCGGAUCGACAAUGCGUCCUAACCAAAGGAAAGGACCAACCAUACAUAUCAGAUGAAUACCUGCUGUCGUGCUGCGGCGAAACGUGUGGAUAUGGUUGUAAUGGAGGCUGGAUGGGAGGUGCAUUCGAUUUCGAAAAAACGGGAAUUGUAAGUGGAGGAAUCUAUGGCUCAAAAAACGGUUGCCAGCCAUACUCGAUACCUCCAAACGCCUACCAGGAUUACAACACACCGGCCUGCAAGAGAACCUGUAUUCGUGGAUGGAAAAAAUCUUUUCAAGAUUCCAUGUACUAUGGAAGCGGAGCAUAUGCAUUAAAAUCAGAGGCCAGUGCAAUGCAAGACAUUUUUGAGAACGGACCGAUUACAUCAGCGUUCACCGUUUACAAUGAUUUCUACUACUACAAGAAAGGAGUAUAUUUUCACGCAUCUGGUGGACAAAUCGGAGGCCAUGCAAUAAGAAUACUAGGAUGGGGUGAAGAAGAUGGAAACAAAUACUGGUUAUGCGCCAAUUCCUGGAAUACCACUUUUGGAAUAAAAGGUAAUCACGAACUGAUGACAUGA